AUGAUUUGCCUCGGAGGUCAUUCAAAUACCCCAACCUUUCCAAAGAUGACAGACUGGGAAGAGGAGUGCCGAACUAUGCAGCAAACUCUUUCCACCGAACGCAUAGAACGGGAACGCCUUGAAAGUGCUUUGCGCGAGCAGAAAGAGAAGGUGGUCGCUACAAAGGUCAAAAAGAGGUGCUGGAAGAACGCUUUCAAAAAAGAGCAGACAAUGCGUGCGGAGGCUGAGAAGAAGGUGGAAGAGAUGAAAAAAGUGCAGGAUCAACUAACUGUUGGCAAUAGCGGUGCAUGUUGGCAGUACGAGGAGAGCGGAGGCUGGCAUGCCGUGCCACCUGAAGGAAAUGAACAGAUGCACCAGGCUUAUUUGGCCUACCUUCGUGAUCCAACGUAUCACAAUCGUUUUGCAAUGAUCACUUCUGCUGGAGUACCUCGCCAGGUUGAUUUCGAGUUGAUGAUGCAAAAACAUUGCGGUACAAACAAAGUUUGCCAGAUUCGUAUUUUGCCCGGUGUGCCCCACCAGUCGGUUACCCCACCUGCUUGCUUGCUGCAACAGACUGAUCAGUUGCGGUCAUUCUAUGUGGAAAUCACUGAUGGGCAUAUUCACGACAAAGUGCGUGAAGUUCUGCAGUUUACUGGCCAUGGGCAGGAUGGCUCGCACCAAUGCUCUUGUAUGAAGACAGCAACGGUCAAAUCUGUGCACCGCAUUGAAAACUGGAGGCUUUGGCAGGGAUACAAGCUACGACGCGAGGCUUUGCGGAAGGAGCAUGCAAGUUACAAUGUUUCUGUCACGCCUGUGGCAUUAGACCUUGAUGCAUUUGAUGCUGGCGGCGUCGGCAAAGCCAUGACCAGCAACCAAGAAGUGUUUGAUUGUGGUGAGCCCCUGGCUCUAGAUUAA